AUGGGUAAUAUCGCGAGCAGACCUGACGAGGGUGGCGCCCUCUACCUCAGAGAUCAAAAUCGCCUUUUUGAGAGCUACUGCUCCGCCGUGGCUGCCUUCGCCCUGCCUGAUCCCGAACCUGCUAACGGGGCACCUGAUUUCCUGCUCAAGGUUGUAAACGACGACGAACUCAUAUUUACCUUCACUUUCAUUCUUCGACGAUCGCCCACCACCCCCUCAGAAGCCGCCGCGCAGGCGCCAGAUACACGUAUCAACGCGCUUACCUAUGUCUAUGCCUCGACCCCAAAGGAGGUAGAGAACUUGGUCACACGCGAAUUCAAUGCCGAUCCAAAUCUUCACAGGAACUCCAAUGUUGCCCUAGUUGGAGACUACGCGACAGAGGGGAACUCAUCCGUCACGUUUGUGUGGAAGUGGAAGUGGAAGCCUCCUCGGCUCAGCGAUGAUCGUAGUAAUGGGUGGAGGAAUUCGUGCAGCGUCCCCCAUGUCUCUGAGCAACCCUUCCUCCCCGAUACCCCCGUUGCUCUUGGCAUCACCCCUAAGCCUAGAGCUGUCUCGUCGCAAACUGUCGACUCCCACAUCAGCGCCAUGGACCAGGAUGAGCCUGUGUCGCCUCUGGCGCCAAUCUAUGAGCCGGGGAUCGGCGGCUUUCCGCCCAUGUCUCUAGCGCAGGCUGGUGGUCCUGUGCAACCCGGCCCGCCUCCGACCGUGCGAGAGCCCGUAAAAGUCGACGUAGCGUGUCCUAAGCCUACGGAUGAUGUGACGGUAGCAGACGACGGCCCCUUAUUCCGAGCCACCAUCAAGGCACUGGAGCAGAAAACGGGCAACAUGCGUGUCAAGCUGAAACGAGUCCUCAAGCAAGCCGAGCGAGCGUAUAACGCUCAGAUGGAAGCCAACGACGCGCUCGCCAACUUCACGGAGUCCGGAUUCCAAAAGAGGGAUUUUGAGGAGGAGAGCAAAGAUUACUACAGCUACGUUUCUCGAUAUCUAGGUCAGCGGCACGACUCCGUCAAGGCUAAGAAGCUUGCCGAGAGUGACAGCAAAUACCAGACAAAACGACGGAACUUCGAGUUAAAGAGGUUCGAUUACUCUAGCUUUAUGCAGGACCUCCACGGUGGCCGCAAAGAGCAAGAGGUCCUCUCGCAUCUCACCAAAUACGCCGACGCCCAGACGCAGGGUUUUCUAACCGCGGCCCGAAAGAUUGAUUCUCUCUUGCCCCAACUCGAGGCCCUUUCGAGCGAAGUGCAAGAGGCUGAUAAGGAAUACCAAUACCAACGUCGGGAGAGGGAAGAGAAGCGUAGGCUUCUAGAAAAGAGCAAUCUCUCUUACGUAGAGCCGGAACCAUCUCAUUCCGAUACGGAACUUGGCCGCGCCGACAGCACCGGCUCUCAGUGGAGGCCUGCCAACCCUAGUCCCGCCGGGCCUGGCGUAUCGUCUAGUGCGGCAGAGCUAUCGAGGUCUCCUGGCAGCCUCUCACAAGCCACUGCCUCGGUUGCAGCGCAGAAUGCCAAGUUCAAGGGAAUUCGCGAUCUCGAAGAGCGCGACUACGGCCAGUUGAAUAGCGGUGGUCGGUCGAUAUCUCAGAGAAAGGAGGGCUUGCUCUGGGCUCUGAGUCGCCCCGGAAGCCAUGUUGAUCCCAGGGCCCAGCUCAAGGCUGGCUGGCACAAAUUCUGGAUCGUCCUGGACCAAGGGAAGCUUUCCGAGUACAGCAACUGGAAACAGAGACUAGACUUGCACAUGGACCCUAUAGACUUGCGGAUGGCGUCUGUCAGGGAAGCGCGCAACGCCGAACGUCGGUUUUGCUUCGAGGUCAUCACCCCGAAUUUCAAGCGCGUUUACCAAGCCACCUCUGAAGAAGACAUGAACUCGUGGAUCAUGUCGAUCAACAAUGCGCUCCAAAGCGCUGUGGAAGGACGCGGGCUCCGAGAAAAGCCGGAACCGACCACUCCAGUUGUCGAAUCUAGCGGCAAUUCCUUCAAGCGUGACAUCACGUCCAUCCUCACCGGCAAGAGCCCACACCACCACCACAUCGUGCCGCCCUCGACGAAUCGAACCGUCAGCUCCAAUUUUGAAGAUGACCCCGACAGAUUGCUUCAAAUGUUGCGCGACAACGACAAAGGCAACAAUUGGUGCGCCGACUGCGGCUCUGGGUCCAAGGUUGAAUGGGUUUCAAUCAACCUAGCCAUCAUUCUCUGCAUCGAGUGCAGCGGUAUUCACAGAUCUUUGGGCACGCACAUUAGCAAAGUCCGCUCCUUGACGCUAGACAUCACGUCUUUCACGCCCGAUAUCGUCGAGCUUCUCCUUCUUGUGGGCAACCGCGUCUCAAAUAUGGUAUGGGAGGCGAGGCUAGAUCCCUCCCUAAAGCCGGCCCCGCAGGCAACGAGAGAGCAGCGGCUCAAGUUUAUCACAGCCAAGUAUGUCGACCGCGCAUACAUAGAACCCAUUUCGCCAACGCUCUCCCGUUAUGGUACUCCGGAUGAGACGUUGUUAGCGGCCAUCAAGAAAAACGACGUGCAGCAGAUCUUCCACUCAGUCUACUUGGCCUUGGCUGCCGCUGACCCCGCUUCGCCGGCCCCGGCAACGGCAACGCCAGGGCAGGGCAGCCCAGAUCGCGCCCCCGAGCCUAGCUACAAGCCAGUGCCUUUCCCCAUUGCCGAGCUUCUCAUCCAAAACGGGGCGGAAAUCCCCGUGGCUCUGCCUGCCUUCCCGCUCGGCCGUAGCGCCGCUCAGUACAUUGAAGCGAAGCGAUCACGGGCCGCAGGCAUGUCGGGAGAGGGACUCAUGCCCCACUCCAAUAGUGUUAGCCUGAGCCAGGAGCAAAAGCUGCAGCGGGACAAGGAGGCGCGCCUUCAAAAGCGUGUCAGCGCCGGCGGCCGGCUUGCCAAGUCGCCCAUUCCCGAGAAGUAG